GGGGCCACCGCUCGGUCUGGAGGGCAGCGAUGGGGGCACAGCUCAGCACGCUGGGUUGGGUUGUGACAUACCCAUUAUGGCUCAUCUACAGCACCAUCCGGAGGCUUUUUGGGAGUCCCCGUCCUGCAAUCACUCUGAAGGAUCCUGAAGUGAAGUAUGCCUUGAGGCUGAUUGAUAAAGAGGAAGUAAGCCAUGACACGAGGAGAUUCCGGUUUGCUCUCCCUUCCGUGGAUCACGUUCUGGGUCUACCGAUAGGACAGCAUAUCUACCUGUCUGCGCGCAUCGAUGGGGCGCUGGUUGUUAGACCUUACACUCCGAUUUCCAGUGAUGAUGACAAGGGCUUCGUGGAUCUUGUCAUCAAGGUUUACAUGAAGGGCGUCCACCCGAAAUUUCCUGACGGAGGGAAGAUGUCUCAGUACUUAGACAACCUGAAAAUAGGGGAUACCAUUGACUUCAGAGGACCCAGUGGCCUGCUUGUCUACAAAGGAAAAGGCGAGUUUGCUAUUCGACCUGAGAAGAAAGCUGACCCGGUUACUAAGAAAGUGAAGUAUGUGGGGAUGAUCGCAGGUGGGACUGGGAUAACACCUAUGCUGCAGAUCAUUCGUGCAAUCAUGAAAGACAAGGAUGACGGCACGGUUUGCCAGCUGCUGUUUGCUAAUCAGACUGAGAAGGAUAUCCUGCAACGUUCAGAGCUGGAGGAGAUCCAGGUUCAGCACCCCAAUCGUUUUAAGUGUUGGUAUACACUGGAUAAAGCACCUGAAAAUUGGGAUUACAGCCAAGGAUUUGUGAACCAAGAUAUGAUCAGAGACCACCUGCCCCCCCCUCAGAGCGAUGUUCUGAUCCUCAUGUGUGGACCUCCUCCCAUGAUCCAGUAUGCCUGCAUUCCCAACCUGGACAAACUGGGCUAUGCCAAAGACAUGAGGUUCGCCUUCUAAUGAAGGCUGAUACUUCAGUGGUCUUGUGAGGAAGGGAAGGAAGAACAGUUAAUGGGGAACAAGACAAAGACGGCUGAUGCACAGUGCUGGGAAGCUACAUUUACAUUAAAAAUACUUCAUUUUUAUCUGAAUCUCUGGCAAGUUAGACACUUAAGCUUAACUAUAUCAUAACUGUACUGUACUCUACACAGAAACCUUCUGGCAGAGACGUAGCGAUGCGUCGUUCUCAGCUGUAUUGUACUUGCCACGUCUGUCCUGUAGAAAGAUUAUAUGCCAUCUCAAGGCAGGAAAGUACAGCUUCUUAGGGCAGCAAAUACUCAUUUACACUCUUCUUAGCACUGUAAUCAAAUGGCAGUAAUAUCCCACUUCCUAACACUGUGCAUACUCAGUAUUUUAUUUGGUGUGAAGUAUGAAAUAUAUCGAACGAGCUGGAUCAUUCACCCUGCUUAUAUCAAACUUUAAAGAGCUGUUACUGCGUGAGGGCCAGGAAUGUUCUCCUGGUAUGCAAUGCAUAAUCUUUGCACGGUCAGGAGCUUGUGGGUGAAGGAUGACAAUUAACCACGUAUGACUGAAGCUGUUUAAGUAAGUUGCCUUGUUAAUCAAAAUAGAGGGGUAGACAGCUGUAUAAAAUUGGUUUCCUGUGUAUUUUGGAGUAGCCUUUUAUAUGUGGAAACACUUUUUCCAGCUGCUCACAUCCCUGGGCAAUGAAAGAAACUCUGGACAGCAGGAGCUUUGCUCGCUGUCCUGGAAGUCUUUGCUUGUAUGUGUGCUGAAUACUGAAAAAAAUACUGACUUGAGUAUUUACUUUAAAAUAGCAGACGGUGCCACAGGAGUGGGAAAGUAAUUGUUCUGCAGGUUCUGUGCAGGGAAGAAGUGCUGGGUGAAAGCUGGACCUGGUUUUAGUUCCUUGUUUCCCAGAGCCAGGUUAGCCAGGCUGGGGCUCAUUGGGUGGCCCAGCUCGGCUCCGGGUGCUGGCAGAGGGGAUGCGCCCGCACACCUUACGCUGGCAGAGCUCCAAAGAAGUAAGGAUUGCAUGGGAACAGCCUUAAGCCACCCAACUGACAGCAGAUUCAAUGUAUCUCUGAAUCGAAACCUCUUUCUUACAUGCUGUUUCUUCUAGCUUCGGUUUGGUUUUUUUAAUCUAAUUUUUACAGCAGCCUUUCACCUAACCUUUAGUAAAGCUUCGUGCCUCCUGCGUGCCAUCCUUCCGCAUCCACACACACUGAGGUUGGGGCUGUCCUGCAAGGAGCCCAGGAGACAAAAAGUCAUGGUCUGCUGAUGAAAUCACAGUGAGGGAAGGGAUGGGGGGUGGUGGGUGAGGUCAUAGAAUCACUGAAGUUGGAAAAGACCUUCAUAAUCACCCAGUCCAACCAUCCACCUACCACCACUAUUCCCCCACUAAACCAUGGCCCUCAGUACCACACCUGAAGUCACGUGGAUGUGAGUUAGCCGCAGCAAUGGGUGUGCCAUAGUGUCGCUUUGUUAAAGAUCUGGGAGUGCUUGAGGCUAUAACUUGCCCUGCUUUCUUUUGUGCCCGCACAACAGCUGUGUACUGUGCACUUGAAAGGUGAAUCUUCAGCAUCAAGUAGAAGGAGGAAAGGAUACUGGAGUUAAUUUAAGGAACCCGCAGAGAAUAAUGCUAUGAAGUUCAUGUUAUUAAGCAGACACUUGCCUCUGAAACCUUGAAUAUUUGAUGUGCGUUUCUGAAACUCGUUUUAAUAUCGUGCUGCAGAGGUCAGGGCCUUUUUUUUUUGUGAGGCAAAAAGCAGAAACAGGAGAUGAAUCGCUGUGCUGCUGGCUUGCAUCACUGCGGAGCAAACAGGUUGUUUUUUCCUGGCUGUAUCUAAUGAAGUGUUCAUGUCAAAAAUAACUCGCUGGUAACGCAUCAACACUGUUGUAUAACUGACUCUGUUUUCACACAUCGCUGUAAGAAAUAAAUGAUCCUACAGGUGCCUCACCUGAGUGUUACCUAUCCUAUUGCCUUCCACUUCACGAGAGACAAACUGUAACUGCAGAGCACUUAAGAAUACUUCAACCCCCCCACAUCUGUUUGAUGUUUACCCGACUGUCUGUAGCAGAGGUCGUUGCAAACUGCUGAAUCAAGGAUUAAACUCCCACUGUUUUCUGUCAGUCACCGAAAUAUUCCUUCUGCCUUUACUUUGUACAUCUUCCUUGAGAACGCGAAGCUUUUAUUAAAAGGGAGAUUUUUAUAUGAUCUGACGAAAAAAAAAUGGUGCCCCGAUCCCUUUUGCUUGAUGGCCCUGUAUUGUGGCAUUUAAACAAGUAAUAAAAGCUUGGUUUUGCAUUGGU